AAUAAAAUAAAAUAAAAAGUGGAGGUGGUAUUAUUGACCCAGGCAAAAAAAAAAAAAAGCUAAUUUUUUAUUGGGGAAAAGGAUAAUAAGGAUGAGUUUAAUUCUAUCCCUUUUUUUUCAUAUUUUGCAACCAUUUCGAAAUAAAUCAUGUUGAACAUUGUAGCUCGUAAUGCCGUUCAAACCUGUAAGACACCUAUGAGUGUUCAGGUCCGUAACAUGGCCACUCUUAAAGAAAUUCAACAACGUUUAAAGUCUGUUCAAAAUAUUGAAAAGAUUACCAAGUCCAUGAAGAUGAUUGCUUCUACUAAAGUCAGCAAAGCUCAACGUAGUAUGGAAUCUGCUCGUGUUUUUGGUGAAGCUUCCAACUCUCUUUUCACAAAUGCUGAGACUAAGGCUACUGAAGCAGGUAAAACUCUUUACAUUGCUUCAUCUUCUGAUCGUGGUCUUUGCGGUGGUAUUCACUCUAGUGUUUCCAAGGCUACCCGUAGGGCUAUAGCUGAACAGCCUGAAUCAAAUCUUAUUGUUCUUGGUGAUAAGCCUAAGGCACAAUUGGGUCGUAUUCUCCGUAAGAACAUUGCCCUUACUUUUAAUCAAAUUGGUAAGGACGUUCCUACUUUUGAAGAAGCUUCAUCUAUUGUUGAUAUUAUUAAAUCUUCCGAAACUGAAUUCGAUACGGCCCAUAUUGUAUAUAACAAAUUCAAUUCUGUUGUUUCUUAUGAAGCCAAUAUCCUUCCCGUCUAUUCUGAAUCUUCUUUCAAGGCCUCCCCUAACUUUGCUGUUUAUGAAAUCGAAGACGAUGUCCUUGCUAACCUUCAAGAAUUUGCUUUUGCCAAUACCCUUUAUUGGGCUAUGGUUGAAGGUCAUGCUGCUGAGAUGUGUGCUAAACGUGCUGCUAUGGAAAAUGCUACUAAGAAUGCAGGUGAAAUGAUCCAAAAGCUGACCAUGACUUUCAACCGUGGUCGUCAAGCGGUGAUUACGAAUGAAUUAAUUGAUAUCAUUACUGGUGCUUCUGCUCUUUAA